GUAAUAGACAGCUAUUGAAGGACCUUAACAAGCAACAUGGCCACUUCGAAAUCUGUCCUGUUCGUGUGUUUGGGGAACAUCUGCAGGUCCCCCAUUGCAGAGGCCGUCUUCAGAAAGCAGGCCACUGACAAAGGAGUGGCUAAUGAUUGGUGCAUAGACAGCGGUGCGACCUCAAACUGGAAUGAGGGCAGCUCUCCUGACACCCGAGGCAUCGCCUGCCUGCUGAAGCACGGCAUAGAAACUGACCACAGUGCCAGACAGGUGACCCAAGACGAUUUCCAGACGUACGACUACAUCUUGUGCAUGGAUGAGAACAACCUGAGUGACCUGAACAAGAAGGCGAGCAGGGUGAAGGACUGCAAAGCCAAGAUCGAGCUCCUCGGCUCCUACGACCCGCAGAAGCAGCUCAUCAUCCGGGACCCCUACUACGGCAGUGAUCAGGACUUCGAGACCGUCUACGAGCAGUGUGCGCGUUGCUGCAGGGCGUUCCUGGAUGCCAACUCUUGAUUCCCAACACCCGAGGGGGGGGUGAGCGGG